UUAUGUUUGGCGCGAACACACUAAAUACUAGUAUCGUCAGCAUUACUAACACAAUCAGGUUUUUAUACCAGUUAAUGUGAGUCAGUGGCUCCAAAAUAGAGAGGCGGGUCACACUGGUGUGCUGUGGCAUUAUAUUACAUGAACAUGUUGCAAGCGGUGUUGUUAAAAGUACUCAAAAGUCAUACUUGAAUAAAGGUGAAGAUAUUGUUAAAAUAUUACUUUGAUAAAAGUUAAUGUUACCAUUCGUAUAACACUUGAGUAAAAGUCUUAAAGUGUCUAAUCUAAAAUGUAGUUAAGGCAAUAAAUGUACAAUUGAAAGCUUCAGUAAAAGUAAAUUAUACAUAUAUUUACAUGAAUGUAAACACUGUUUAUCAUGGGUUGAGUAUAAGAUCCGAUAUUCAGCAUUUUCCUCGUAAAUAUAGUAGAAUGGAAGUACAAAGUAGUAAAACUUAGUAAGUACCUACAAAUGACAGUAGUUGAGUAAAUCCCUCAAGGGAGCCAAACAAUAAACCUGUUUCUAGUGACCAGAAAACAAGUCACACAGGCUGUUUGUAUGAAUGUGAAUACAGAUCUUCCUUGAGGUCUUGAAAGUUUGAAAACCACUUCUGGCUGUACCAGUGUAGGUCAGACCAAGUCAAAACGAGCAGUUGCCAUUCAGCGCAUGUCCGUCCGUCUAAGCUUAGUGAUGAUUUUCUUGGUUUGCGAGUCUGGUAUGUGGUGUGAUAUAACCAGAGGUCCAGGGCAAAUAGCUUUAAGAGCGUGUUUUUCCAUUUAUGUCAUCCACCCAGGCGUACAAAUGGUUGGCAUGAAACCCGGCGACAUGGUGCCCUCUGCGACAGUCAAGUUCUUCGGAGCCGGCACCGCGGCCUGCAUAGCCGACCUCGUCACCUUUCCACUAGACACGGCCAAAGUCAGACUACAGAUUCAGGGAGAGUCUCAGAAAGGUAAAGGUGGCAUCGACGUGAAGUACCGGGGAGUGUUUGGCACCAUCACCACCAUGGUGCGCACAGAGGGGCCCAGGAGUCUUUACAAUGGACUGGUGGCAGGACUCCAGAGGCAGAUGAGCUUCGCCUCAGUCCGGAUAGGUCUUUACGACUCCAUGAAGCAGUUCUAUACUCGAGGCACAGAAAGCGCUGGGAUUGUCACUCGGCUCAUGGCGGGCUGCACCACAGGUGCCAUGGCCGUGGCCUUUGCGCAGCCGACAGAUGUGGUAAAGGUGCGUUUCCAAGCCCAGGUGCGACUGGCUGACGGCGGGAGGAGGUACAACAGCACGCUGGACGCCUACAAGACAAUUGCCAGAGACGAGGGAGUGCGAGGCCUUUGGAGAGGUUGUAUGCCGAACAUCACACGUAAUGCCAUUGUAAACUGUGCAGAGCUGGUGACCUAUGACAUGAUCAAAGAGCUCAUCCUGAAGUACGACCUGAUGACAGACAAUCUGCCGUGCCACUUCACCGCUGCCUUCGGCGCUGGCUUCUGCACAACAGUCGUGGCCUCUCCUGUGGAUGUAGUCAAAACACGGUUCAUGAACUCAGGGUCUGGCCAGUACAGCAGCGCCAUCAACUGUGCUCUCACCAUGCUGAGACAUGAAGGUCCCACAGCCUUCUAUAAAGGGUUCAUGCCUUCUUUCCUGCGACUGGGGUCCUGGAACAUUGUGAUGUUUGUGACGUAUGAGCAGAUUAAAAGAGGCAUGACGAGGGUGCAACACAGCUGGGAGUCGCCGUUUUGACAUCCUCGCUAGUUUCUUUGGACGGGACUGCACAAACACAACUGCCUGAAUGUCGCAAUGACACAGUGGUGAGCAGUGGCUGGAAAGGGAGACCUGGAAGUGGUCAUGGCAGGAAGCUCUUUCACUUCCUGAAUGAGGGCAUUGUAGCAACACCAGACGUGAUUUAAGGAUUCAUGUCUAAAGACACUUUUUUUGUUGCGUUGUAAUUGGGAGAAGAAAAGCGUAUUCAGGUAUAUAAAAGAUGGAUGUGAGUAAUUCCCAAAGGUUAUGUUUCACCUGUUAUUAACUUAUUUAGUAAAAUCUUGAUCAGGGGGCUGUUCCGUAGCUUUGACGAGGGAUUUUCAUGUUUACAAGAAUGAACUGUGACAUAAUAUGAACGAUGCAAAGGCGUUAUGUUGUUAUUUAAUAGACAGAUUGGGUCUGGCAACACCAGACCUAAACAGUGACCAUUUAUAUGUUGUAUACUGUAGAUUGUUUACAGUGUUUACCGUCGUUUAUGCAUGUGGUCGGGGGUUUAUAGUCAAACCAUGUGCUGCUGGUUGUAAAUAGCUUGAUUUAUCGCUGGUCGAUACGUCAUAAAUAUGUUGUGCAAGGUGAUAUAUGAUGCCAAAAUGAAUAAAUGAUGUGCCAUUUA